CAAGCAGCGGAACAGUGCAUAGGAUCUGUAUGUUGUUUGUUUCCAGUCGGCGUGUUUUUGGCAACGUACUGAUCUCGCCCGACAACAUCACAAAUCUAGGAUUAUAAGCCCGCUAGCUACAGUCAGCCACCUAGUUUCCUGAGCCAAUCCAGCUGUAGUGGCUUCCCUCACAGAUUUGGCAAUGGAGUUUGCAGAGCUAAUAAAAACACCCAGGGUAGACGGAGUUGUCCUUCACCGACCUUUCAUGCCCACCGUGGAGGGGACACUGUGUUUGACUGGCCACCAUCUGAUUCUGUCCUCCAGGCAGGACAACACGGAAGAGCUAUGGCUGCUACACUCCAACAUAGACUCCAUAGAGAAGAGGUUUGUAGGUUCUCUAGGAAGCAUUAUUGUCAAAUGCAAAGACCUGAGGGUGAUCCAGCUGGACAUACCUGGAAUGGAGGAGUGUCUAAAUAUUUGCAACUCUGUUGAGGCUCUUUCAACACUUGAUUUAGUUUCACUGAUGUACCCUUUCUUUUACCGACCCAUGUUUGAGGUCAUGGAAGAUGGCUGGAAAUCUUUCCUUCCAGAAGAUGUUUUUAAAGAUUUGGAAUCUAUGACUGAUGAGUGGAGGCUGAGUGAAGUCAACAAGGAUUUUAGCGUGUCUCCGUCAUAUCCCCCUCUGGUGGCAGUGCCUAAAGAUAUUGACGAUGAAACAUUAAGGAAACUGGCCCCUUUCCGCCACAGUGGCCGCUUCCCGGUACUUAGCUACUACCACCGAAAGAAUGGCAUGGUGAUGAUGCGAGCAGGGCAGCCUCUGACUGGAACAAACGGGCGACGAUGUAAGGAAGAUGAAAAGCUAAUCAAUGCUACCCUGCGACCAGGUAAACGUGGAUACAUUAUUGACACGCGUACUAUCAGUGUUGCUCAGCAAGCCAAAGCUCGAGGUGGAGGAUUUGAGUCUGAGGCUAAUUACCCUCAGUGGAGGAGGAUUCACAAGUCCAUUGAAAGGGCUAAUGUCCUUCAGGAGAGCCUGAUCAAGCUGGUGGAGGCGUGUAAUGAUCAGUCUCACAGCAUGGACCGUUGGUUAAGUAAACUGGAGGCUUCCAGCUGGCAGACUCAUGUCAAGGAAAUCCUCACCACUGCUUGUCUUGCUGCCCAGUGUAUUGACCGGGAGGGAGCGUCAGUACUCGUUCACGGUACAGAGGGGACAGACUCCACCCUCCAGGUGACCUCUUUGGCUCAGAUUAUUCUUGAUCCGACCUGCAGGACUAUCAGAGGGUUCCAGGGACUGGUGGAGCGAGAAUGGCUCCAGGCGGGUCAUCCAUUCCAGCAGCGCUGUGCCCAGUCAGCCUACUCCAACAACAAGCCCCGCCAGGAAGCUCCUGUCUUCCUGCUCUUCUUGGAUUGUGUUUGGCAGAUUCUUCGCCAGUUUCCCUGCUCUUUUGAAUUCACAGAGAGCUUCCUGGUGCUGCUCUUCGAACAUGCUUAUGCUUCUCAAUUUGGCACUUUCCUUGGAAACAAUGCAUCUGAGAGAGCAAAGCUGUCUCUGCCUGAGAAGACGGUGUCCCUUUGGUCCUGGGUGAAUCGGCCACAGGAACUGGAGCAUUUGACCAACCCUCUGUAUGAAGCCAACAGUCUGGUCAUUUGGCCCUCAGUGGCCCCUCAGAGCCUGCUGCUGUGGGAAGGAGUGUUCCUGCGCUGGAACCGCUCAUCCAAAUGUUUUGACGAAGCCUAUGAGGAAAUGGUUCAUAUAAUUGAGUAUAACAAGGAACUACAGAACAAAGUAAACGCUCUGCGCAGGCAGCUGGCCCAGCUGGAAACUGAAGAUCCUCUUCUUCAGACACCAUAGAGACAGAGAGGGAGGGAGGGAGAAAAGGGAGAAGAGAGAGAAUUUGUUCAUUUGCAUCUGUAUGUAUGUAUGUGUGUGUUUUAAUGAGACUGAAAGAAAGAGAAUAUAAAUACUGAAGGAAAUGAGGUCAGGAAAUAAAAAAAAAAGAAAAUAUCAGUGUUUCACGCUUCAUUAACUAAAUCAUUGCUUUUUCUAAUUUUGUUUGUGGCCAUACAACGAACCUCAAUGUAAAACAGCAAAACAUUUAGGGAGAAAAGAAAAAGCAAUUGUUUGGCAGCAGGAUCUUUUUGUAAUAGACUCAAGACUUAACAUUCCAGCUCAGUUCAAUAGAGUGGACCAUCAUGUAGUUUCACCCAAAUCAGCAUGUAGUGCCUGUUUCUUCACAAAUGUUCUCUGCUGAUGUAUACUGAGAUACAGAGGCAUGUAAUGGGAACAUACUAGAGGCAUUUUCUUCCACCUGCUACUCAAAGUAAACACUGCUAAUGUACUGCAGUAUAACUAUGGCAACAUAUGACAGAUUCAGGAGGAGGCAAGAAGGUAGCAUGUUACUUUACUGCACAUCCAGAUGAUAUAAUCAGCGUAGGAACAGGGUCAACGCCUACUGUGAUGCACAGUACGUUCGUCAGAUCAUUCCAGCUGUAGGAUGUUUGUUAUAAGCAAUGGUUCAAUUUAAAAUGUUUUUUUUUACUUGCUGCAAACCUUGUCAAAAAGCAUUAGGAAAGAGUUUUCACAAUUGCAAAUAUUUAUUUAAAUCAACCUACUGUGUUGUCAAAUAUCAAAAUGAAUAACACACUAGUAAGAAAGAAAUAGUCUAACAGUGGUACAGAGGUUUAUUUUCCUCUUAUGUGUGGCUACAAGAGCCUGGCUUUUACUAUGAUACUUGACAGUUGAUAACAGGAGUUCUUCUACUUUAUGCCACAGGAUAUUCUACAAACUGUAGUGAUAUAAUGAUGUGUUGAAAUGCAUUAAUGUUCAAAAAGCAUAUCUGUUGGUGUGAAAAAGCUUGGGCACUUUUUUUGUUUUGUUUUUGUGGUUAUUUUUCUGUAUUCUUGGAGCCAUUGUAAUGUACAACAAUAUCAAAAACACACUUGAGGUCAGGGUUGCCUUAAUGGAAACUAAAGGUUCUUUGUCCAAUGUGAAAACAUGCCAAAAGUAAAAUGUUUACUAAAGCAUUUACUCUAAACCUGAGAUGAAGAGGAGAGAACAGACAGUGUCUCUUGUGAAAGUUCAUCCUCAUGUGAGCUGAAUCCAAUAUUCCAUUUAUUUUCCUAACCAGCACUGAACUAAUCAUAGAUGUUCCAUGGUCUAGAAAUUACACACUGCCUUUGUAGGCUGUAAUUCUGGCUAAAAUUGGAGACGUGACUAAAUUUUCAUCAUCAUCAUAGUGAUAUUCAAGUACAGACUGUAGGGAAUGGUAGCUUUUUCUUUAUCCCCAACAUUUCAAGGAGGAAAUUCUAUCUGGAUCCAAAACUGGAUUAAUUGCUUGAGCUGGAGUUUCAUUUUUGCUCAAUUGCAUGUUUACCUUUAAGAAAUAUAAUAUUCGCAGUAGAGAAAACACAUCGGCUCUGUAAAAUCCUUGUUUACAUAAAACUUUAAUGUCUCUUGUGUCUCUCUAAUGUUGUGUUCACUUCCUGCAGCCAAAAAUACUCCAUAUGCAAGAAAUAAAAAACAAAAAAUGUUUUGUUGUUAUUUUGCUCUUUAUCUUUGUUGAUUUGUCAUAGAAAGAAUUCAGGUCUGUCAAUCAACUUUAAUGCCUGUAAUGUAUCACUUUGUGCAAUGCCUAACUGUGAAAUCAGAAUAAAAAAUAAAACAUA